UUCUGUACAAGACAAUUUUCAAGUUAAAAUGCUAAAAAUGUUCGUGACUAAAGUGCUUUCCUUUGUAAUUUUCUCCCUAUUUCUUCUUCCACAUUUUGAUUCAGCAUCAGCAGCACCAAGUGUAAUGAUUAAUUCGCAUGGUACAAUUAUUAGUGAGACUGGUGCUGAUUCAACUAACAAUCAGAAUGGUUUCAACGAAGACUCGUUCGAUGAGGUUAAUGUAGGUUUAAAAGUAGGUGCAUUUCUAGGAGGAGUUGCUGUACCUCUACAAGGUGCAGCUCCAAUUCCAGUUACUGCCCCAGGCGCCCCAGGUUUUGUCGCUGUACCUCAAGGUACUGUUGUAGCCAUUCCGGGCGUUCCUGUGCCUCAGCCAGGACAUAUUCGAGUAUCUACUGGUCAAGCACUCAAUGCUAAUCCGACAUCUAUUUUAACGUCAGCAAUAGCUGUUAAUAAACUACCACUUGACAUAAAGCUCCAUGGGGAUUUAAAGGAAGAAGCGGCUGCAAAGGCAACGGUGAUAGAAGAGGAAACCAUCGCUGCUGACAUAUAAUUAAACAUCUUAAAUGGAAUUUUACUUUCAGAGAAUAUUUUAAAUAUAUUUUUUUUCUUUUGGGAUUUUAAGGGACAAUAAUUCUUUUUUUUUUCUCAAGCACCUUUUAAACAAAUAUUGUAAAAAUAAAUUAAAAAAAAUAAAUGUUGUACUCACGCUUUCCGGAA